UGCAUCUUGAUUCAUACCCUUGAUCCCAUACAUCUUCCCCUACUCUAAUCAUUAUGCCUGCCCCCAUUGAAUACACCUGCAUCCGCCGCAUGAGCACAAUUACUGUGCCCAAGCAAGAUAUUAACUUUGAUGCUUACGACUUCCAGGUCUGCAAGCCUCAGAACGAUGUUAAGAAUGCAUUCGAGUCUAGGGAGCUUGAAGCUUCUUUCUGCCGCGACUUUGCCUGCUGUGGUUUGGUCCUCAACGACCUUCAUGAUCUUCUUCAACAUUAUGAAGAAUGCCACGUCCGCUUCGAGGAUGAAGAAGGCAGUCUUUAUGACGAGUCAGAGUCCAACUAUUGGUCUCCUGUAUCAUCCCCUACCUCAUGUUCAUUUGCAUCCUCUGAACCCAGCAGUCCUACUCUCACUCACGAUGAGCCUGAAAGCAUCAGCAUCUUAAAAAAGAAGGCUGCUUCUUACCUGUCUGACCUUUACAACGCCAACGCUGCCACAGCAUCUCCUGCUUCUCUUUCUGGUUCGAGCUCCUUGUCGACUCCCUCUUCGCCUCUUUCUGUAGCUGACGAUCUUUCGAUCGACCAGUCUGAAUGUCUCGCAGAUGAUGAUUCUUCUCUUCCCAGCAAAAAAUCACAGGGAAAGAAGCGCUCAUAUACUCAAUUCUCUACCUCCCACCCAAAUGCCCUCGACCUUUUGACUCAGUCUGCCGCAAAAAAGCUCGCACUUGCCACAGGUGACCUUCCUACACCCAUUCUCACUGAUGAAGAUUUCCUUGCCCAAGCUGGUGCUCUUCUUGCUUCUGCCAACACAAAUGCUAAUGCUGACAAGCCUUACAAAUGCCCUGUUCCUGGCUGUGACAAGGCUUACAAGAACCCCAACGGGCUCAAAUACCACAACCAGCAUGGUCACUGCAAUUUGGUUUCAGAUGAAAAUGAAAACGUUGCUUCCAAACCUUACCAGUGCACUAUCGGCGAGUGUGGCAAGCGUUACAAGAACCUAAACGGACUUAAAUACCAUAUUGAGCAUUCCCAUAUGGCCGCUCUCAAUCACACCCUUGCCACAUUUGGCUCAUCUCUGUUUGCUGGCCUACCCGGAGGAAAUGCAACUGCUCUUAACGCCAUUGCUCAACUUGAGCAGGCUGCCGCUGCUGCUGCUGCCGCUGCUGGUAGUGUUGGUGCUUCUGCCUUCAUCUCCCCCGAGGCAUCUCCCAUUCUCUCUUCCGCCUCGCUUCCCUCCCUCUUCUAAAAAGUCAAAAGUAGUAUUAUUAUCAAAAAAGUACCCAACAAAAAGUUCUCCCUUCCCCUCCCAUUCCUCUUUCAUAUUUCAUUUUAGUUCAUUUUAUUUCAUCUCACCCAUCUCCAAAAAAAAAGUAUUCCUCUUUACUACCCAUCUUACUAGUUUUAUAGCUUUUCCUUAUUAUUUUCUUAUACUCUUUCUCUAAUCUCCUGUAUAUAUCUUCGUCUCUAUUGUUUCAAAACGUAACUUCUAUAUCUAUCGAUCUCUGUUUAAUUGUUUAAUUGCUUAUAAAAGUUUAUCAUUUAAUUCUUUACUC